UCUUCCACGUUCCUCCACCCCAUCCUCUGUCCCUCUCUCCUCACUCCGUAAUCCCUCCCGGUCCGAUGCCCCCUCCUCUUCCUCCUCCUCCUCCACCUCCUCCUCCACCAAUCCACUCUCCUCCGACCGGCUCCGCUCUUCCAUGGCGCGGCUUCUCUCCCGCCAUCCCUGUAAUUACUUCUCCAGGUCCUCCGCCUCGCACUCCGCCUCCACCCCCUGCUACUCCAUCCGAAAUCCAUCUCAUCCGCUGCUCAACACAUCCCUUGACACCAUUUCGGAUGACGCCUCGGGAUCCAGGGCGUCGGGGCUGCUCGGGGCGAUCCGCGGGGCCGACCUUCCCCCGGGGCCGUCUGCCAGGUCUCGCUCGGCCCUGGACUCGCAGAUUGGGGUCCGGGUCCUCAGCAGACACAUCGUUAAUAUAGAACAGAUAUGCAUUGCCCUGCUGGAGAUCAACAACCACACCAGGGAGGAACAGAUGCUUCAGCAGAUCUGCCUCAUGCUCAACGAUAUCCAGGAACAGAUCCACUCUCUGCGGCUGCCCGAGGACUCCCAGGUGGUGGAGGACCUCGCCGGGGCCUUCUCCGAGACCCUGCCCACCCCGCCCAAGUUGAUUCAGGAGGAUCAAGGAGCCAGCCAGGAGGACGGAUCACCAACUCCAUCUCCUCCACCUCUACCUCCACCUCCGCCUCCGCCUCCACCACCAGCACCAGCAGAACCACCCAGUCAGUCACCUCCACUCAGUACAGCCACCACCACAGCCUCCACUUCUACAGCGAGCACCACCUCCUCUUCCUCCUCCUCCUCCUCUUCCUCCUCCUCCGUUUCCGAGCAACAAACGAGUCACGGCCACGUCCCUCCACCCCGCCCGUGUAAAUAGACGCCGUGCAUCGCAACAAACCCGUAACCGUGAUCCCGCAAGUACCACCACCUCUAUUACCAAGCCUCUAGAUAACUUGAAAAUCCUUAGUUUCAAAGCGCGUAGCCUAAGAAACAAAUUUGAUGAGCUGAGAUGUCUUGCUCUAACAGAAAAUUUUGACAUAAUUGCUAUAACCGAAACAUUUAUCGACACCACAAAUAUUGAUUUAAGUUCUGAAUACAACAUAGAUGGCUACAGACUCUUCAACAAAGAUCGUGUAAACCGUAGAGGCGGUGGCGUCGCCCUUUUUGUCAAAAGCUAUUUGCAACCCACUGACAAAACACCGGGAAACAGUAACGUUGAACAUUUGUGCGUGCGAGUAAACAUUGCAAAAGUCAAUUUAAAUAUAUCUGUCACCUACAGACCUCCCGGGCAAUCACUCGAUGACGACCUUGAAAUGUACAGCGUCUUAAGGCAGUCACUUAAUAACAGCGACUCACUGAUAUUAGGAGACUUUAACCUCCCCCAUAUCGACUGGGCGACACUAUCAGGUACA